CAGGGGCAGGGAUAACACAGUCACCAGCACAAAUGGCAGUUAAUGAGUUAAGCAGUAGGCAGUGCUGUGGGCCUUUGAAUAUAGUGCAGCUGAGUGGAGCUGCAGCAAGGAGAGAUCUGGAUAGAGAUGUUAACUAAGGGAGAUCAGGGAGCCUUACAGUACUGCUAGAGCACAACACUGACUACUAUCUUGACAGGUUGGGAGAGACCUCCAGUCUCAUCAGCUGCCUCCAGGAGGUCUUCAGGUGAGGUGGGAUCCCCCUCUUCAGCACCGCUAGAAUGGACAGCUAUUCUCUGGAUUCCGAACCUGGGGAUUUCUAGGAGAGGUUUCUGCAGACUUGCUGCUUUCACAUCCUCUGAGCUUCGACUUCUUCUGAAGCUCAAACUGCUGAAGCUGCUGCACAAUCCUGCUCUCACCCUGAACAAGACAUGAAGGAGCCAGGCUGUGGACAGCUUAUGCCAUUCACCUCUAAUAUCAUGCAGCAAUUUACAGGCUAAAGGUCCGGGAUGCCUUUGGAGAAAGGAGACAGAAACUGCUAGCUGAGUAGCUGACUGUGGAGUUGGAUAGCAAAACCUGACAGGAUUUUCAAACUUUUCUGACACGACAUUCUCAGGAUGGGUGCAGCAUUCUCAUCUUGGACCAAAGUGAAUGACGGUUUACUUAACAAAAGGUUCCUCUGAGUGUUUUGUAUCCAGGGACCUUUCUUCUAUACAGAAAAAGAAGUGGUGUCAUUUUCAUUAAAACGAUGCUUCCAAGAAUCCGUGCUCAGGAACUGAAAGCAGAGAGAAUGAGAGAAAGCUGUGUCAGCUGAUCAGCUUUCAAACCACCUUCAUACGCUCAAUUUUCUCAAAAUGAUCUGUCCAUCAAUGGCAUCUCUAGGGUCCCUCUUUGGAACCUUUAUUGGCUAGGAGUAGACUGAACAGGAAUGGAAUACAGAGCACAGUCACUUGAAAAGAAGCCGGCUUUUAUUUUUACAGCACACUGCUUUUUAGUGCAAAGAAAUGUUUUCUCCUUCAGAUAAUUUAGAGAUAGUAAUAUCUGUAAUAUAUAGUAAUAUAACAGCCAACUUCUGCUUAGAUAUUCUGUUUGUGUUCAUAAAAGAGGAUGUUGCAAAUGGAAAGUGGCAGAUAUGGAAGCUGAAUAAUUAAACCAGUAAAAAGGCUUUUAAAAUAAACUCAGAUAAUGUACAAGAUAUGGCCAAGAUAAUUGCAAAAUUUCAGAGGUAUUUUCGACGGAAGCCUGUACGCUUUUUUACAUUUAUAAUCUUAUAUUUAACGGCUGGAAGUGUUGUAUUUUUGCACGCAAGUUUUGAAGGGGAACAUGUUGUGUCAGACACCGACAAGAACUUGGGUGAUGCUGUCAGUGAUCGAGGAGUAGUACAGGAACCUGCAAUAGCCCAAAUGGGUAGGGUGUUUAAGGAAGCACCAGAGUCACCGAGCACACCACGAAGAUAUGGACCAUGGUUUAAGACAUCAGGCAAAGAAUCAUUGGAGAGAAGUAAACCAGGAGACUUUGGGGGUGCAUGGAACAGAGCUCUUAAAGGGAGAACUAUGAGAGAACAAGAAGAAGGAAGAGCAAAGUAUAUUGGAUGCUACAUGGAUGACACGCGACAGAGAGCGCUCCGUGGAGUGUCCUUUUUCGACUACAAAAAGAUGACAGUAUUCCGUUGCCAGGACAACUGUGCUGAACGGGGUUACAUGUAUGCCGGGCUGGAAUUUGGUGCUGAAUGCUACUGUGGUCAUAAAAUUAAAGCCUUAAAUGUCAGUGAGUCGGAAUGUAACAUGGAGUGCAAGGGAGAAAAAAGCAACUUCUGUGGGGGAGUAAAUCGCUUGUCCAUAUACAGGCUGGAACUCACACAGGAAUCUGCAAGGAGGUAUGGCAGUGCUAUAUUUCGUGGAUGUUUCAGACGACCAGAUAAUAUAUCUUUGGCUCUCCCAGUGAGCAACAUUAUGUUAAAUAUGUCUGUGGACAAGUGUGUCAAUUUCUGCACAGAAAAGGAAUAUCCAUUGGCAGUACUUGCAGGAACAGUCUGUCACUGUGCUUUCCCCACAACUUAUUUCACACUUCACGAGCGGGAGGAUGAGCAGCUGUGUGCUCAGAAAUGUACUGGAGAGGAAUUCGAGAGCUGUGGCACACCAGAUUAUUUCAUAGUGUAUCAAACACAAGUACAAGAUAACCGUUGUAUGGACAGGAGAUUUUUACCAAAUCGUGCUAAGCAACUUAUUGCCUUGGCAAGCUUUCCGGGUGCAGGAAACACCUGGGCCCGACAUCUAAUAGAACUGGCUACUGGCUUUUAUACUGGAAGCUAUUACUUUGAUGGAUCAUUGUAUAAUAAAGGCUUUAAAGGGGAGAGAGACCAUUGGAGAAAUGGACGCACUGUUUGUAUAAAGACUCAUGAAAGUGGAAGAAAGGAGAUUGAGGCUUUUGACGCUGCUGUUUUGCUUAUUCGGAAUCCAUACAAAGCAUUAAUGGCAGAAUUCAACAGGAAAUAUGGUGGACAUAUUGGUUUUGCAUCACAGGCUCAUUGGAAGGGAAAAGAGUGGCCUGAAUUUGUUAGUAACUAUGCACCGUGGUGGGCAACACAUACACUAGACUGGCUAAAGUAUGGGAAAAAUGUGCUGGUUGUACAUUUUGAAGACCUCAAGCAAGAUUUAUUCAUCCAACUCAAGAGAAUGAUUAACCUUCUGGGACUCCCAGUCUUGGCUGACAGACUUCUGUGUGUCGAAGGCCAAAAGGAUGGAAACUUCAAGCGCUCUGGUCUCCGAAAGUUAGAGUAUGACCCAUACACCGCAGACAUGAGAAAAAUGAUUAGCAAUUACAUUAGGACAGUAGAUGCAGCCCUGAAGCUAAGAAAUCUCAGUGGUGUUCCACAAGACUACUAUCCAAGAUGAUGACACUAGUCAGUCCAGAAUAUCUCUGGGGCAAUGGUUCCCAGCUGAUGGCUACUUCCACCCAGUGGGUGGCUUGAAGACUUUCUGCUGCUAAUAACUGUUCAAGAUUCUUAUGUGCAUGAAACAAACAGUGCUUCAAACAUUUGGCAAAAGGGUUUGACAUGUCUGAUAAUGCUAUAUUUAGUUAUUUUCAUCUCAGUGCAGAUUUUCUGCAUGAAGUUAAGUACAUGCUGAUGAAUACAAUUGGAAUUUCCAACACAUACAAGUAUACAGUCAGCAAAGAAUUUUUUUUUCUGUCAGCUGGCAAUUUCUGCUGUUAUUAGGAACAGCUUGAGCACUCCAUUGUCAUAGAGAAUAAUGAUUGCACAGUUCAGCUAAACAUGAUUUAUUAGUGCCUAUGAAUCACUGUCCAUAACAGAUUUGUACACAUACUGUAUGCAUGAGUUGGGGUGCGGAAGUCUACACUUGGCCUUGCAGAAUAACCGAUGUGUGCUCAAGCCUGAACAUCAUCCCUUACAAACUCUUUAUUUGUUUUGUUCUUUAUUGACCUAAAUUAAAAAUUGGUGUAUGUGACUACAGAGAUGAAAUGUAUCCAGAUAUGACACAAUACUAAAUAUACAGCUUUUAGGUGAGAUUACACAGCCUAGAUACAGAGGAAUUUCAUUUUCUACAUUUCUCUGUCUGGGAUGCUAUAGUAUUUGUAGAGCAGGGAAUCAUAAAACAUCAAUCACCCAGUUCUGCUAUUUCAAAAGUGACUUGUUCUCUCUCCUGAAACGUCUGUUUUAGUAAAUAUUUGCACUCGUCAUGAAACAAUGCCAGUGCAUAUUUUCUUACAAUUCUGUGUUGUGUUGUUUUCUUCCUGAACGUAUAAUAACCUAACCACAGGGUGUUCCUGUUUCAUUUGUCCCUACAUAAGGACACUGCCAGUUAACUCCCAGUUGUCAUGCCAGUUCUUACACUCUGUCAUUUCUCCUGAAAAUGUAUGAAUAAAUUGACAUCUUGGUUUUGAAACUCCCCUUGCAUGUUACCACUGGGUGCUAUCUGACAGUGAUACUACAGAUCAGUAAAAGAUUGGCAGCACACUACUCUGUUUCCAUGGUGUGCUAUGUUAUUGGUGAAGUAGUGCCAUUGAAUGUUCAAACAGGAGCAGAGACUGUUUUUCCUGGACUCCCUGCUCCUGUAUGUACUGAGCAAUGAUGCAUAUAGUACUACACGCAUUGCUGCACGCUUAACAUUCACCAAUGGAAGAACUGCAUACUUAGUGAGUGCAAUAUUGCGAGAGCUACCAUUCCCACAAAAUGGUGCAUGAGUUGCAAUGCAAAUUGUCCUUUAUACAUUGCUGUUCAACUCAUAGUCACCAACUUGUUGUGCUUCAAAGAACAUUGCAUAUGGCAAUAGUUGAAUAAAAUGUGACUUCUUGUUUACCAGGGCCGCAUUACAGUUGGCAUGUGCUAUGUCAGGCAUAGGCAACCUUUCGGCACUGCAGAUGUUUUGGACUACAUCUCCCAUGAUGCUCUUUCAGCCAAAAUGCUGCCAAAGCAUCAUGGGAGAUGUAGUCCAAAACAUCUGCAGUGCCAAAGAUUUCCUAUGCCUGUGCUAUGUGCUACAUCUGUAUGUAAGGAAAAUUUGAACAGUAGCACCUGGUGGUCAAAAAAGUAAUAACAGAUGAAUGGUACAAUAAAGAGUUUGCAACGUACUAGAGAAUACACAUAUUUAUUAAAACAAACAUGUUAGAAAAGGUAACAGGUCCUCUGGGUUCUUUAAUACUGAGUUAAGCAGUGUGCAGUCACGUUUGUUUAUUUGGCCUCUGUGGAAGUAUGCAGCGGGGUCUGCAUAAGUAGAGGAGCUAAGUAUUUAUGAGACACUAACUUAAGUUUCUCAGAUUGUAAGCACAUGCAGUGGCAAAUGACUAGUGGUCAUGGCCCCGUUACUAUACAGUAUAUUAGCUUUUUGAGUGAUGUCACUGCUAAUGGCCAAUGAUUGAUAACCAAAUACACCGUUAGCAUAUUGUUAACUAAUAAUAGAGGAUAAAUCGGUUUUGCCAGAUCUGCAAAUUUAUAAAUUUAGGCUCAAAAUUGCAAAAUAUACUUACUUUAUACCUACAAUUUCUCUACUUCUCAUCUCAUGUGGUAUCCUGUUGCUCUACUUUCUCUGCUUAUGUGAUGUCUAUAGUCAUGGAACACCCAAUAACCUUAGUGCUGACUGUCCAGUGGAUAGAAUGUCACUGGUGAGGAAGUCGGUUGGGCCUGAUAUACAAGUCUACAAGCAGUGAAUUGGGCAGAAUUAGUAAUUGGUGCAUUGUAAAGUUUAGUAAGUAUGCAUUUUAGCUUUUCUUUCCAACAUACAUCAUUUGAAGGUGGCAGGGAAGGAAAAGGGCAACGGGAGACUUUAUGUUUUUCCUGAUGGAGUUCAUCUUCAAUGGUAAAAGUUUCACAAAGGAUUUUUUUUCUUGCCUAGUACUGCACUUUACUGCAAAAGAAGUUGUAUUUAUUUUAUAUUAUCAUCACUUCAGCAUACAAGGAUUUAAUGGACAGAUAUCUUUUGCUUUUUGCAGUAUCCAAAAAUUUGUAUUUACAUUUGCUUGAUCCUGAGUCAAUGUGAAUUUUUGAAUAACCUUAAAAUGAAAAUACAUUUCUAUACAACCGUUAUGAUCAACAAUAGGUUUUACAAAGAUAAAGGGGUAUAAGAUAAGCUGGCAGCAAAAACAUAUCUCUACUCCCUACUGGAUACUGCUGCCCUGGGCUUGCCUAAGCUUACAACUACACGCAUCCUUCCCUCCAGAUCCAAUUAACUUCUGAAAGUUUUACUUCUCUGUGGGAAAGGAAAACACCCAGUUGAGCUAUGGAGUUCUAAAUUAGAAGUUCUAAAAAUCCCAGAUUUCUCUUCUUUUUAGAGAUUUUAUGUGUAAUUUGGUAUUGUUUUCUCCUUUUAACAAGCCAAACCUGUGACGAAAUACCUUUUCUUAGUGCUGCUUGAAAUAAAUAGUUGAAAAAUUGCACUGUUGAGAAUAAGAUUUUUAGGGAAAAUAUUUAAGAAAACUUUUAUUAAAAAAAUAUUGCAUAAAUAUAAGUUGACUCUUGGAAAGCAUACUACUUUCUGUAGCAGGAUCUGGUUACAGAGAGCAUUACCUGGUUUGUUUGAGGUUAUUGGAAAAGGCUCUGAAGAUCAUUACAAUGAGCACAAUACAAAGCUCUUUACAUGAACUAAUCCUGACUCAAUGACUACUUUACCACACCCACAAAUACCUGGAAACAUUUUAACAAUACCAUGUUUGCCAAUAAUCUUCAUCCCACGUUUCCCUGACAACUCUGAACAUUGAAGAUCAUAUCCAUUAUGGUCAUGGGGCCUCACUGCAGAUAUGUUUUUAUUUCCUGGAUGUUAGUUAAAUUGUACUCGUUAUUCCAUUUAAAAAAAUAAAUAAAUGUUAUAUUUUUUGAAAAUUAUCCUUAUUUGAAGUAAUUGAAUAAAUGUUGAUAUAACAUAAAGAAGUGGAACACCUAGGAACCUAAAACUCAUUAUCAAUAAGAAAUGGGUAUAAGAAGAACAACAGGAAGUAGGUGCAUUGUAAGGGGAAGGAACAUUUGGCAUAAGUUUGUUGGAAGUUAAAAUCUGUCAGCUCUAGACCAUGCUUAGAGCCUAAGAGGCUGUCUGAGCCACAGGAAGCCGGCCUCCUCCUUGCCCCACCCCUUUUCUACCUUGAUUGAUUGAUGUUCAGAGCUCGUCUUCCAGCAAUGAGGCAUAGAUGUCAAUCAGUCAAGGCAGGAAGGGGUGGGGGAGGAAAGAGAAGUGCAAACUGUGGCUCAGCACAGCCUCUUUGAAACUUGAGCUUUGAGCAUGAUCUAGAGAUGACAGAUUGCCUUUAUAAGAUGUUUGCUGACAGUCUCUAUAGAGAGCUAUCUAUUACAACCAGAUUUUAAUAAAUUAGACAUAGAAUCUCAUUGGUUUCUAUUGGCAACUGCUCCACUUUUUACACCAGUUCUGAUAAAUCUAUUCUAAUGUGCUUAUGUUUGAGAAGUAUUUGGUAUGUCUAUGACAUAUUUUCCAAUUCAGAGUAUAUCGGAGAUGUGGUCUUGUUUUAGAGUAUCACCCAAAGAACUCCAUUGACUUUGCAACUGACUGUGAUGUAGCUUUGUAUAGGGCUCUGUUCCCAUUUUUUUUGUCACAUUUGACUAGAGCAAUAGUAAGAAAAAAAUAAUGAAAUCUGGUUAAUGCCAUAAAAUGGCAAUUUAACCUGUUGGGCUUUUUGGGCUGCUGAAAUUGCAAACAGAAACCCCAACACAGAAGGGAACAGAGCUUUAAGGAGGUCUUAAAUGGAUAAGAUCAUGAAAAACACAUAUUUUUUAUAUGCCGCAGAGAUUAAUCAAUAUAAAUAGAUCAUAAGAAUAAGGGGAAGUAUACACUUAACACAUUCUCUCUCAGCACUGUGUCAUGUAACUAGGACUGACUCAUAAUGAAAGACUUUGGGGGAGAUUUAUCAAAAUUUGUCCAGAGGAAAAGUUGCUGAGUUGCCCAUAGCAACCAAUCAGAUCGCUUCUUUCUUUUUCCAUAGGGCUUUUCAAAAAUGAAAGAAGCGAACUGAUUGGUUGCUAUGGGCAACUCAGCAACUUUUUUUUUGAUAAAUCUCCCCCUAUGGGUCUACCCUUAUCUCAUAGAUACAGAGUGUGGGGAAAAGCACAUGCCAUCGUGUUUCUCUCUCUGCUUGUUCUUGUCAUCGGUCGCGAUUUGAACACUCAGACCCCGACUAAUAAAUACUCUAUAGACAUGUCAAAGUUUUUUCUCUAAUUGACAAGUACAUUUUAAGUAAUGUAGCGGUAUUGUUUUCUUUGCCAAACUUGCACUUACAAACAUAACUAUUUUCAACAAUAUCAUAAUAUACUAAAAAUGCAUUUUUUUCCUAAUAAAAGGAAAAAUUUUAUAAAUUCCUAAAUUCUUUAAAAAUGAUAUUUUUGAAGACAAUGAAAAAAAAAGCAAUGGCUUCUGUGUGUGUCAGAGUUGAUGGAGUUCCCUAUUCGUGACAUUUAUGAAAUGGCACUUAGAUUGUGGAAGAAAACUCUCACUAAAUGUUAUAAGGAACAGGCCACCCUAAAUCUAUAUAGACAUACAUCUACUCCUGUCUGUGUAAAAUUAUAAUAAGCUCUUAACAUCAGAAUAGAUAAAGGUCUCUUAGCUUGCUGCGGAGCUCUCCCAGGUCCUGAACCUGAGCUUGUGUAGAUUCUUCCAGAAAAGAGCUUAGAUGUAGAAUAAGUAACUAACUACGGCCAGCAAAAACAAAAAAACAAAACAAAACCUUAUGUCUAGGGCCAACUGUUGUAAAGUUAAUGUCAUGCUUGUUUAUGUGUGUUCCUUAGGGCAAGUUCACACAUUGUAAAAUUUAGUGUAUGUUAUGUAUGAUAUUUUUCGCUCAUAAUUGUCCAAAAAUCUGUCUUUUUUAAUUAAGGAAAAUGCACUCGUCAAAUAACAUACCUCGAUGAAUUUUACAAUUUGUGAACUUUUCAUUACAUAAAGUAACACAUACUGUAAAUUCCAUUGCAUUAUUUUCAAUGCCCGUGCUAACUAGUGCUGACAAUUCCAUAACUUAAAAGAAAACACAACUUUGUGAAAAAUUUAGUCUUUGAACUACUGAAGUUUGAAUUAUUAUAACUAGGUAUCUCAUGGGUCGAAUGUGUUGAGAGAGUUGGGACAUUGAUGCCCUAUACAAAUGGAACUUUGACCCAUUGUCAAAGGUCACCGUUGUUUUUUAGCGGGAGUAGCAAGAGAAAAAUAUGGCGCAUGCUGUGAUUUUUCUCCCGCUAUUCUCCCCUCAUUUUUUUUAACAUCCGCUGACUGCUUGGUCACAAAGGCAUUGUGAAAGCAGCCUUAGAAACAUAAAAAGUCACACACUUUUUUCUUGAAAUAACACAUGAAACUAAUUAUGCAACAUUUAUAGAGCAUAAAAAUGCUAAAAUAUCUUCAGAAAUCUCCCCCUAUGUGUCUACCUCAACUGUGUAAAUGAGUGAAAUGCAGCAAGCUGUGUUCCCCUGUCCAGUGCCCUCUGGCAUGUCUAACCAUCUAGCAUCAAAAUUAAGACACUGUAUGAUUGUGAACUGUCCCAUUCAAAUGAAUGGGAUCAGUUCUAGCAUCAGUUUCCCUCCGGCACACACUGGAGGGAAACGGUGCCGGACGCCUGAUAUAUGUGAACUCAGCCUUACACGACUGGCAUUCUCACAUGCUAUUGGUGGCACAGCUAUCAGAAUCCUCUCUCUCUCUUAGUUUUACUUAUAUUUGAGAUUUUGUGUAAGAAUAUAAAGAUGGCUCUAUUUUACUUGACAGAUUGUUUCCAUACUUGACUACUACAAGCUAUUUGAUAAGAGAAACUACUGCAUCCAGUACAUACUGCAAUGCUCAUAGUUCAAGUGAUAUUUAGAUUUGAGCUGCAUGGGGUAAAGGUAAAUAGUGUAAACUGGUUGCUUAUCUAUAUGGUUAAAAAUUAAACAUUUUCAUCAUUUAGAUAAUUCUAAAUCUAAUUCAUGUACUUUUAGGUCAUGUUCGCACGUUACAAUUUCUGUGCACAAUUCCGCAUGGAAAUUUCCGCAGCAGCCCCAUUGUAUUCAAUGGGAUUCUGCUGAGCUGUGUACACAGCGGAAUUUCCAGGUUAGAUGUUUUUGGUGCAGAAAUUCCUAUUCCGGUGUCCACACAAAGAAUAAACCUGCUCAUUCUUUCUGCAGACUCAGCAUGGAAUGCAUUUUUGUCUAUGAGACGGCGCACUCUCGUAUUCUGCAGAAUUUCUGCACUGAGAUUUUCCCUGCGGACAUUCCAUUGUGUGAAAAUAGCCUUACUGAUUUUAAAGUUCUUUAAAUAGGUUAAUCCUAUAGAAAAUGUAUUCGGACCACCAACAUCAAUAUCAUAUUAUGCGACUCUCUACAUGGCUUAUCCGAUUGCUUUGGUUCUGUGAAGCUAUGUCCAUUGUGACCUAGGAUGGCUUGUCAGAAAUGGUAUCAUCUUUGAAAUCACACACAAAUACAGACAUCAAGGACACCACCAGAUUGCUAAUAGAGCUGGUGCAUGAUGGAAAUGUAUAAAUAUGACCAAAUUAUAAGGAUAAAUAAAUUAGGAAACUGUGCUUCAAAUACGUAGGAUGAUUUAUUAAAAUAAUUUCUUACAAAGAAUAUUCAUAAAACCCUAUCCUAACACAUGGCCCUUGUGGGAGGAUAUAAUAUAGAACAUGUAAUACCCUAAAAUAAUAAAUGGUACAUAUGCACUACUUACUGCUUGUGAUAUACAAUAUAAAGUUCUUGUAUAUAUUGUAUAUCACAAGCAAUAGUAGUGUAUACAUACCAUUUUUUAUUUUAGGGUAUUACAUGAUCUAUAUUAUAAGGGCCCUAUGUUAGGAUAGGAUUUUAUGAAUAUUGUUUGUAAGAAUUGAUUUUAAUAAAUCAUCCUAUGGAUUUGAAGCACAGUUCCCUAAUUUAUUUAUAUCUAUAAUUUACUCAUAUUUAUAAAUUCCCAUUAUGCACAGCUCUAUUCGGCUGGGUUCACGUAUGUCCCACACCCGGCAUAGGUGAAUACAGCCUAGAUCUCGACGCAACUGAUGCCACAACUGAUGAAAAGUUGCCAUUAGUUGUAUGGCAUUCGGUGUCCAUUGUUUCUGGAUGGCAGCAAGCUGCGUUCCCCUGUCCACCAUCCAGAAACAAUGGACGUCAAAUGCCAUACAAUUGAUGAAAACUGUCUGUUGCCCUCUGGCGUGUCCAACCAUUCAACAUCAAAAUUAAGAUGCUGGAUUAUUGUGAUCUGUCCCAUUCAAAUGAAUGGGAUCAGUUCUAGCAUCAGUUUCCCUCCGGUGCAAGCCAGAGGGAAACUAUGCCGGACGCCGGACAUAUGUGAACCCAGCCUUAGUGAUCUGGUGGUGUCCUUGAGGUGUGUAUUUGUGUGUAAUUUCAGAGUUUAUUGUAGCAUAGGUAUUGGGGGUCACCCAGUAUAACCUCGGACUUGUUUAGCUUUGAGCUGCACACAUUCUCUCUCUAUUUAAGAAAUUGUAUAAUGCAGCCAUAUGAUGUUGCAUUGCUAUAGGUACAACAUCAGACAGACUCAGUGGGCCCAGAGCAGGACUCGAGCAGAAUUUUUAUAUUAACGAUAUUAUAAAACAAUAUUUGUUUUUAGUAGAUGUGAACCCUUUGUUUAUUUGAAUUUAAAGCAGCUUCUUUAAGCCAAGGGUUUCCACAGUAUGGCCUUGCAAGAAGUUACAAAGAUCUUCAUAGCACUUUCAGAGCCUGAAAUAUGAUAUUGAUUCAUUUCCGCUUGAUCAGUCCUUGGCUACAGCCGGUGCAAUCAACAAAAAGCUGCAAAUUCUCCAGACAUAGAAGUUAAAGCCAUAAAUUGCCAACAGCCUAUUUUAUAUAGUGAUUUCUUCUAGGCUUUUAAAGCUUGAUGGGGACAGAACAUGCAACUAGAAUAUAUACAUAUAUAUAUAUAUAUAUAUAUAUAUAUAUAUAUAUAUAUAUGCAACAUAACAAAAUAAAGUCAAGCACGAUAAGUAAAAAAGAAAAUGGUAUAUUUUUCUAAUAAAUAUUAUCAAAUGAGAGAAGAAUGGCCAACAAAGAAUAGGUUUCAUUAUAAUUGCUGUUAUAAGUUUUAUAGCUUUCAAUUCAGUACUUAAAAUGGAGCACUAAAAUGUUUAUUGGAGCAGAUUGAAGUAUUUUGUUUUUUAAAGAACACAAGAUGCUUAUUGGAUAUUUAUUUUAGUGUUUUUCUAAACAAUGUUAUUUUGUUUUUCUUUCCAAUUUAAUUGUUUAAAAAGCAAAAUAAAGUUGAAGUUAACCUGC